AUGUCGUCGCACGUCUACGAGAAUCUGCCUUUGAAGCGUCUGAUGAGGCACGGCGAGCUGGCCCGGGCCAGCAAAUUCGCCUUCCCCGACGACAAGUCCAAGAAGCUGAAGAGCCCCGACAUCCAGGACUCCCUCGAGGCGCUGCUGGACGCCUCCAAGAGCCCCGAGAAGGGCGACCAAAGCGCCAGAAAGGACUUCGGCAGUUCCGAUACGAUAAAAACCUCCAACGAAGAGCAGAGCCUCAAUCAGAAUGGACACAGUAAGAAAGCUUCUACUUCUACUAUGGAUGAUGGGUAUGGAUCUUCCAAUAGUACACCACAAGUUUCAGAAGAUCUUCAUGUACAAGUUGAAGAAGACGAACACGAAUCCUUCGUAUUGUCCACGAGCUCCAGUCAAGCGGCUGACGUAGAUCCUGACUCAAUAACUGGCGCUCCUGAUGAUAACAGAGAAACGUGGGGAUCCAACACAGAUUUUUUGUUGUCUAUUAUAGGAUUUGCCGUGGACUUGGCCAAUGUUUGGAGGUUUCCGUAUUUAUGUUACAGAAACGGUGGAGGUGCUUUUUUAAUACCUUACACAUUAAUGUUAGUGUUCGGAGCUAUGCCAUUAUUUUACAUGGAACUUAUAUUGGGCCAAUUUUAUAGACAAGGUCCUAUCAGUUUGUGGAGAAUAUGCCCUUUAUUCAAAGGUGUUGGAUUUUGUGCUGUCUUAGUUUCAUUUUACGUUUCGUUUUAUUACAACGUCAUUCUCGCCUGGGCAUUGUACUUCAUAGGGUCCAGCCUUAGCUCAGCUCUGCCUUGGAUUCACUGCAACAACACCUGGAAUACAGAUAAAUGUUGGGACAGCAUGAAUACGAAUAAUAGCCAAAAAUUACUAAAUGCGUCGAUGAUCAACGAGACAUCCAGAACAAGGCAUACACCAGCUUCCGAAUUUUUCAAUCGAGCUGUUUUGGAGAUGCAAGGGAGUGACGGCUUACACGCAAUGGGAGCACCCAAGUGGCAAUUGGUCUUGUGUCUCGUGGCUAUUUACUUUUUAUUAUACAUAUCCUUAUUCAAAGGAGUUAAAUCAACAGGUAAAGUAGUUUGGGUAACAGCAACUAUGCCUUAUGUGGUGUUGACAAUACUAUUGAUAAGAGGCUUAAUGUUACCCGGAGCAUUGACAGGCAUAUCAUAUUACUUGCAGCCUGAAUUAUCGAAAUUAGCCGAGACACAGGUUUGGAUGGACGCUGCCGUGCAAAUAUUUUACUCAGUAGGAGCAGGAUUCGGAGUUCACCUGUCUUACGCGAGUUACAACACUUUUCACAAUAAUUGCUAUAGGGAUUGUAUCAUAACAACCAUAAUUAAUUGUUUCACCAGUUUCUUCUCUGGAUUUGUAAUUUUUACUUAUCUUGGAUACAUGUCGUACAAACAAGGCGUUCAUAUCAGUACUGUUGCGGCGGAAGGUCCAGGAUUAGUUUUUCAGGUUUAUCCAGAAGCAGUCGCAACGUUGCCGGCUUCUCAACUAUGGUCCAUUUUAUUCUUCUUCAUGCUGAUUAUGUUAGGAGUAGAUUCCGCGAUGGGUGGAUUGGAGUGUGUUAUAACAGGAUUAAUGGAUGAAUUUUCGAGUUUUUUUAAAAACAAAAAGUAUUCCAGAGAAAUAUUCACCUUAGGUAUUAUUAUUUGCUCGUUUUGUGUGGCUCUUAUUAAUGUUACUCCGGGUGGUAUAUACAUGUUUCAUUUAUUCGAUACGUAUUCUGCGGGAGUGUCCUUACUAUGUUCUGCUAUAUUUGAAGCUGUAGCAGUAUCUUGGUUUUACGGAUUAGACAAAUUUUCAGAAGACGUGGAGGCAAUGCUAGGAAUGAAACCUGGACUCUAUUGGAGGAUUUGUUGGAAAUUUAUUAGCCCUUCUUUUAUUAUUUGCGUUGUUAUGUUCGGGCUUUUCCAUCAUCAACCUCUGCAGUAUAACGAAUAUUUAUAUCCUCCUUGGGCGGAAUGGGUCGGAUGGGGGCUGACUCUGUCGUCGAUAUUAAUGAUACCACUUUUCGCAAUAAUUCAAAUAUUUAAAACGAAAGGAACCUGCAUGGAGAAAUUGGCUCUAAGCAUUUCACCAGUCGAGGAGCACGAGGAAAUUCGAAGAACGAAGCUAGCCAGAAGAUUCAAAGCAAAGCAUUGGUUGUACGUGUAAAAAUGUUGUAGGUAAUUAAUUAAGCUGCAUCUUAGAGAGAACGUCUCAUGAAGGAAAUGUAUCAGCCUUCAACAUUUCCCGAUGUAGAACUGGAACUCUUUUAAUGGGAGAAACGAAGAAAACGUAAACUUUAGAUAUUAGAGUUAGAGCUUGUAUGAUUAGACGGAGAAUUUACUAUUAGUCAUAAUUUUAAUUGCCAUUAUAAAGUUUUUUUAAUAAGUGCUCUCCUUACUUAAAAUUUUUACCGGUAGAACGAAAAUAGGUAAAAAUUUAUGUUAUUAAUUUAUUGCUUAUUUGUG